ACCAACAGAGCCAAACGUGUGAGCCUCAAAGCUAGGGCUUCAAGAAAAAUCGGCAAAGAGAAAGAGAUACUGCUUCCUUUUAGAGGCGGGAACGCAACGAGCCAUCAACGCCAGCACCACCUUCAUCUCCUCCAAACCCUCCCUCUCUCCCUUUGUCCACCGCCCUCGAUCUCCAUUCCACCGCCCAAAACCUUCGAUCACGCGCGCACAAGGACGGUUUCAGAAGCCACAGCGACUCGGGUAUCAUUACUGAGGUCAAGGAGGACUUGGAGGUUAGGGUUUCUAGGGUUUGAAGAAGAAGAGAAGCUGAAGAGGGAUGCCGAUGGAUGAAAGUUUGUUGGACGAUAUUAUACGGCGCCUGAUCAACGCUAGGAACGGGAGGACGACGAAACAAGUGCAGCUGACGGAGGCGGAGAUCCGUCAGCUUUGCGUUUCGUCGAAGGAGAUCUUCGUUAGCCAGCCCAACCUCCUUGAACUCGAAGCCCCCAUCAAAAUCUGCGGAGAUAUACAUGGUCAAUAUUCUGAUCUUCUGCGAUUGUUUGAAUAUGGUGGGUUCCCACCAGAAGCUAAUUACUUGUUUCUUGGGGAUUAUGUUGACCGUGGAAAGCACAGUAUAGAAACCAUAUGCCUUCUCCUUGCUUAUAAAAUAAAAUAUCCUGAAAAUUUCUUUUUGUUAAGAGGCAAUCAUGAAUGCGCAUCCAUCAACCGCAUCUAUGGGUUUUAUGAUGAGUGUAAGAGAAGGUUCAAUGUGCGGCUUUGGAAAGUUUUCACUGACUGCUUCAAUUGCCUUCCUGUUGCUGCUCUUAUUGAUGAAAAGAUCCUCUGCAUGCAUGGUGGGCUGUCUCCUGAUCUGAAAAGCCUGGAUCAGAUUCGAAAUAUUGCUCGGCCUGUGGAUGUGCCAGAUCAAGGUCUCCUAUGUGAUCUCUUAUGGGCUGAUCCGGAUAAAGAUAUUGAGGGUUGGGGAGAAAAUGAUAGAGGUGUCUCUUACACUUUUGGACCUGACAAAGUUGUUGAGUUUCUUCAAAAGCAUGACUUGGACCUCAUCUGCCGAGCUCAUCAGGUUGUUGAAGAUGGUUAUGAAUUCUUUGCGAAAAGGCAGCUGGUUACUAUAUUUUCUGCCCCUAAUUAUUGUGGUGAGUUUGACAAUGCUGGUGCUAUGAUGAGUGUAGACGACACUUUAACUUGUUCAUUUCAGAUACUCAAACCAUCUGAUAAGAAAGGAAAAAUGGGAUUUGGGAAUAACAUGUUGAGGCCAGGAACACCUCCUCGAAAGAUUCCAAGAAAUUUGUGAAGCCUCCAUAUGAUGAGUUCACUUGGCAGGGUGGGCGAAGUUGAGUUUAUGUGCAGCCGCCGUCAGAACUACAUGACAUUAUUUUCUGUUUCAGCAAAUUCGAACACAACUGUUAUGCGGUUGAGAGAUGCAAUUGUGUCCUGGUGGAUUCAAGUGGAUGCUUUCUAUUCUCACUUGCAUGGCCACUGGCCUGAAUUUGUAAAGCAACAUGAAAAGCUGGCUUUUCUCUUGCUUGAUUUCUUUUAGUUGUAUGUUUCUUAUGCUCUCUUUCUGUGUGUGUGUGUGUGUGUGUGCGUGUUUAACCUAAUUCUUUC